UUUAUCCACCAAACAAUCAAAAUGGAAACGCUUGCAAGGAAGUAGCUCAAUCCUCUCCAACUCAAAGCGACUUCUCCAUAGCACUUGUACUUGAAAUACAUCAGUAAGAUGAACCCGUGAGAGCUACGGAUUUUAAAUGAUUGCGUACCUCGGUGAAAAUUGAGAGAACUGCUGAGUUACAGUAGCGUAAAUACAGCUGGUGUUGUUUAGCUUCCUCCGUAAUGUCCAAAGCUGUCAUAAUUUUCGGACAAUAACACCGUCUCUUAUCUUCAUUUUCAUUGUUUAAAAAAAAAAAAAUCAGAAUGCACCGGAGAGGCGUCGGUGCGGGCGCCAUCGCCAAAAAGAAGCUAGCAGAGGCCAAAUAUAAAGAGAGAGGAACUGUUCUCGCAGAGGAUCAGAUAGUUCAGAUGUCCAAGCAGCUGGACACAUUCAAGUCCAAUCUGGAGGAGUUCGCCAGCAAGCACAAACAGGAAAUCCGCAAGAGUUCUCAGUUCCGCGUCCAGUUUCAGGAGAUGUGCGCCACCAUUGGAGUUGACCCACUUGCCUCUGGCAAAGGAUUUUGGUCAGAGAUGCUCGGCGUGGGCGACUUCUACUAUGAGCUCGGCGUGCAGAUUAUUGAGGUUUGCUUGGCCCUCAAGCACAGAAACGGAGGACUCAUCACUUUGGAUGAACUCCAUCUCAGGGUGCUCAAGGGACGUGGUAAAUACGCUCAGGAUGUCAGCCAGGAUGAUUUGGUGCGAGCCAUCAAGAAACUCAAAGUCAUGGGCAACGGUUUCGGGAUGAUUCCGGUGGGCGGCUCCUACUUGGUGCAAUCCGUCCCAGCGGAGCUCAACAUGGACCACACAGUGGUCCUGCAGCUGGCUGAGAAGAAGGGCUACGUGACAGUGAGUGAGAUAAAGAACAGUCUCAAGUGGGAAAAGGAGCGAGCGAGUCACGUCCUGGACCACCUACUGAAGGAGGGCCUGGCCUGGCUGGACUCUCAAGCAUCAGACGAGCCGCAGUACUGGCUGCCCGCCCUCUUCUCCGAGCUCACCUCCCGUGAUGUCACGCCCGAGGAGGCCAAUCAGAUGAGCCCAUGACCGGUACCUGUUAGCCCAUAUUGUGGCAUCACCAGGUGGCGUGUUUACGUUUAAGGACAAUUGUGACUACAAAAUAUGUCAGUGCAGUAAACUCCGGUUUAUUGCAGCGGAUACGUUCGACACCUGUAAUUGGUGAAAAAUCGGCAAUAUAGAGAGACCAUAUAAAAGUUUUUUUAUAUGGUCUCGCUCUUAUUUGGACACCAAAAUGUUCAACCAAACCAUAUAUCAAUUCUCUGCUCCGUGGGAACAACGGCUAUUACUAGAGCUUAACUGGGGACCUUCUCUGCCUUUUCUUGCUCUUAAUUAUGCUGCUUCUCCUCCAUUCCACCUCUGUGCUGCCCGCCCUGUUGUGUCAAAACGUGGUACGACACUGAAGGCUCACUACACAAAGUUUGGACUCGCUUGUAUAUUGUAAAAAAACCAAUGAUGAUAAUAAAAAACAAAACAAUUGCCUAAAUAGCUCUAAUGUAACAAGGGAACACUGUAAUGGCUUCAUAUCGAUGUCAACGUGAUCAAGAAAAAUAAGCCUUUUUUUUAACGUCAGCGGAAAGUUUAUUGUCUAAAAAAUUUCUCAUCAAUUAAAAUACAUUAAGACAGGUGUGAUUCUUUUGAAGACUUUUUAUGCUAAGCAUUAGCUUGACAUUUCAGCUGUAAUUACAGUAUAGUGGUUUAAUCUCGCUAAAGCAGUGAGUCUCAGUCGGUCAGGACCCACCGUUAUGGGUGGGUCGUGGACAGGUAUUUAUAAAAAAAAAUAAAAAAUGACAUUCUUUCCCAGAUUGCUGGGUGUUGUAGUACGUGGUCACACGACCAAGCAGGCUUGCUUAGUUAGCACUGUACUCACUGUUUUUCAUUUUUAUAUAAAUGGCCUAAUGUUUUUCAUACAAAUAAUUCCUGUAAUUCUGAUUUAACCACUGCGUUAGGGUAGUGAGUGAUAAGACUACAGCACCUUCCCACUUACAUUCAACUUGUACAGUGAAAUAUUUAACUUUGACGUGCCUUUUAUUUGUAAACUAACAUUUGCAAAGCCAUGCAUCGGAAACAUUACUUGGGGUGUAAUGUACGUGUUAGUAUUCAAUACACCUCUGUACUAUACUAACUUCCUACACAAAACUUACAGUAUCUUACCAAUGUGACUACAUCCCUCACAUUUUUGUAAAUAUUCUCUUUUUUUUGGUGCAAUCCUGAAGAAAUGACCCUUUGCUACAAUGUAGUGUACACCUUGUAUAACAGUGUAAAUUUACUGUCCCCUCAAAAUAACCCAACACACAGCCGAUAAUGUCCAAACCGCUGGCAACAAAAGUGAGAACACUUGAAAGAGAAAAUGCUCAAAUUGGGCAGGUUUGCUGACUUUGGUGUUAUUGCUCCCACAUUCUCUCAUACUGCCAUAUUAGGUAACAAACUCUCCUAAAAAGAAGAGAUAAGUGCCAUGAUAUCAGUGGUUUUGUGGCCAUAUUUUGUGCAAUUGCAAAAUUUGAUUUGACUGUAUAAAUUUUUACAAAAAUCAAUUAAACUGCUCAUCCACUUAUUUUUAAGAACACUUUGUGGGUGUUUUUCAC